ACGGUACCUCUGAGGAGCGACGUCGUACUUUUCUCCAUCGGCUCGGUUUGGCCGCAAUCUUUGCGUUGGUGUGGAUAUCCGUGACCCAGUCAGAGACGGCGCAGGCACUUCAGGCAUCCACCCAUUUCGAGAAACCGUUUUUCAUCACUUGUUUCGACCACGCCAUCACGGUGCUACUACUGCCCGCGAUGUACGUCUACCACCGAGUCCGUGACCAGAAUUCCGGUGUGCGAGCCGACAACUGGGGUUUCGUAGCCGUUCUGGAGCGUCACUCGUUGCAUCCGCUGCGCAAGUUGCUGAAAAUGGCUGUGGUGCUAAACUCGGUCUAUAUCAUCGCCGACUACAUGUGGUUCUCCGCGUUGGGGAUGGUCAGCGUCGCUGCUGGCACGUCCAUCAGCAACACGGCCCCGUUCUUCGUGUAUCUCUUCUCCAUGUGCUUUCUCCACGAACAAGCGAGUUUGAAGAAGCUCUGUGGUGUCCUCACCUCUUUCAUCGGUGUCGCACUGAUCACGAUCUACCAAGACGGAGAGGUGGAAACUACACAAAAUACGAGCAUAGUGGCGUGUAUGCUCGUGGUGGUUCAAACCAUGAUCGUCGGAGGGUACGCGGUCGCCUAUCGUGUCUUUGUCGGCGAAGAAAUCGUAGAUGCGUCCACAAUUCUCACACUGACGGGCAUUUGUGGAGCGGUGACCAUACCGGUAUGGCUUAUCGGAAGUCUUCUGUUCGCAGUGUGCCCAUGGGAGUCUAUGCGCGAACCUCUGGGAUUGCCAGGAACUGAAUGGGGACUCUUUUUACUAGUUGCAGCUGCAUCGUUGGCUGGUGCGUACACGGUGUUGCAAUCACUUGCGCUGUGCUGGACGACUCCGCUUAUCACGAGCGUGGGGGCCAUGAUGACCAUCCCGCUGUCUUUGGUAUGGGACCUCACGAUCAACGGCCGUGUGUUCCCGUGGGAGUGCAUCCUCGGGUCGGGAUUGGUCAUGGCCGGCUUUGGAAUGCUGGAACUCAGUGCGUCGAAGCAACAGACCAAGAUCGAGCUGGGCAAGUAGAAUCGUGAAGCAUUGCGAGCACUACUUCAUUCCUAGAGAAUUUCCCAGGUUCAUUUGUAGAAUCCAUUUUUGCAACAUGUUACUUGAAAUUAUGUUUGAAAACUC